GCGACUGCGUCAGGUGAGCCUGACGUCCCGGGAGGGUCCUCUGGCCGGAGAGUGAAACAUCGGACGGGGUCUGCCCGGCAUUCGUCGUGGAUACAACGUGGGUUGUGUUCCCAUUGCCGUUCUUCAGUUGUCAGCCGUGUGCCGUCAGACUGGCAGAGCGUUUCAGGUGAAGUCUGCAGGGACCCGCUCGGCGCCCCGUCCUCGCUGGAGCUGCCGUUCCCGCCUAGAGUGAGGAAAUAAGAAGUUGGGUUUGUAACCAUGGGUGCUUUGGAGAUGUGGCAAACUGAGAUGGAAGUCCCAAAUCGACUGAAAAAGUGGAUGCUGAGGGUGAGACGUUGCCAUCAAAGCGAGUCUGGAGGCCACAGCAGAGCUCAGAAUGACUCGGGAUGGUGCUGAUGGUAGCAAUGAAGGCCAGAUGACAGAUGGCAUGAAUGUAGCCAUUCCUGACAGAGCUACGUCUUCUCAUAAAAAUGAAGACCUGUCUGAUGAUGAACUGGAUGAGUAUGAUUUGGAAAAUUACGAUGAAGAGGAAUACGUAGGUGAGAUAAAACUUGGAGACACUUUGGCUACUCUGGCAGUGUAUGGGAGUAAUGAUCAGGAUCCUUACAUCACUCUAAAAACCACCGAUCAAUAUGAACAGGAGGACUUCUUGAUUAAGCCCACCGAUAAUCUUGUCCUUUGUGGCAAAGUUGAUAAAGACUGCUGUAGUUUGGAAGUCCAUGUUUAUAAUCAUGAAGAGAGCUCAUUUUAUGUACAUCAUGAUAUUAUCUUGCCUGCUUACCCUCUAAGUCUGGAGUGGUUGAAUUUUGAUCCUAGUCUUGAUGGAUCACUAGGAAAUUAUGUUGCAGUGGGUAGCAUGACCCCCGUUAUUGACAUCUGGGACCUUGAUAUAGUAGAAUCCUUAGAACCAGUCUUUUCUCUUGGAAGCAAGAAAGGGAAGAAGAAAAAGAAAGUAAAGAAAAGUUUAUCUUCAGAAGAGACAGUGAAAGGACAUACUGAUGCUGUGCUUGAUCUUUCAUGGAAUAAACAAAGCAGGAAUGUUUUAGCAAGUGCGUCUGCUGACAAUACUGUGGUUCUGUGGGAUAUGUCUGUGGGUAAGCCAGCAGCCAGUCUGAUGCUGCAUACAGACAAGGUCCAGACAGUGCAAUUUCAUCCGUUUGAAACUCAGACCCUUAUUUCUGGAUCUUAUGAUAAAUCAGCUGUGCUGUACGAUUGCAGGAACCCACAAGAUAACCAUCGAAUAUGGCGGUUUAGUGGUCAGGUUGAAAGAGUAACCUGGAAUCAUUUCUCACCUUGCAAUUUCUUAGCAAGCACAGAGGACGGCUUUGUGUACUGUCUGGAUGCUCGGUCUGAUAAGCCACUGUUUACGCUGAAAGCUCACAAUGAAGAGGUGUCAGGGCUACAACUAAGCAGUCAGAUCAAAGGGUGCCUUGUGACAUCAUCUGCUGACAAAUACGUGAAGAUUUGGGAUAUCCUGGGAGACAGACCAAGUUUAAUCCACUCCAAGAAUAUGAAAAUGGGUGUUGUAUUAUGUGCAGCUUGCUGCCCUGACUUCCCGUUUGUUUUUGCCUUUGGAGGGGAGCGACAAGGGCUGCGCGUUUGGGAUAUAAGCAAGAUUGCUGCAGUGAAUGAAGUUUUUGGAAACAGAGAGAGACUUGUUCCGGCCUGUGCCAGCUCUGUGGCUUGCAGCUCUGUGGCCAGCAGUAGCAGCAAUGAUUCAGAGACAGCGAUGGAAUCGUGAUGGACCAAACGUCACAACAUCAAAGUAAUUAAUGGGACAUUCCACAAAUCCCCCUGUUCGCUGAGAGUUCGUAGAAACAGCUCCAGUGUCUUGCAAUCUGCAGGGUUCUUCAUCUCUGACAAAGAAACACGGUGAUGUGGUUAAGCUCUAAGUCAGCAGUUCUAAGUUCCUGCCUCUGUUACCAGCUUUGAAAGAUUAAAUCGCUUGCUUUUGCCUGAGAUUAUGAUCCCUGAAACAGGGGCCACUAUGUGUGAAGUUGAUACAUCAAGUGAAAUAGUCACUAGAAAAGCGUCCUGCUGCUACCAGAAGUUUGCUGGAUACUGCAAAGAAGGUAAAUGUCUUCUAAAGGCAUAAGGAAAAAUACUUCAGACAACAGUUGUGUAAUAAAUAAACAAAAGCUGAGUGAAAUGACAAGUAUAAAUAGGUAGUUUAUCCCGAAUUCAAGGCUAGAUUUAUACAGAUUUUAAAAGUUCUUCUAUGUAACUUUUUUUAAAGUCUUAAGAGCAUUCCGUGGGCAGUAGGUUAGAGUGCCUCAGUAGAAUCUGGAAAUGUACCCGUAAGGCCUCAGAUCACCAAUAUCAAACCAGAAAUAUCCCAGCUCUAUCCCAUCAGGAUCAAGGGUUUCUUUUCCCUGGUCCCGCAGCACCUGAAGCUUGUUGAUGUUGCCUUUUCUUCAAGCUCCGAAGGUAACACAUACAUAAAGAGCAUUUGAGCUGAAAUAAGGAGCUGUGGCUCAGAAGAGGGUGAGAGGCUGUCAGGUCACAAAGCGAAGGUAGGGAUCUUGCUGGUCACUGCCACCGGUGAAAGCUGUCCAUGUUACUGCUCAUGUUCUUAACUCCUCCCAGGCAUUUCUGCCUGACACCUGGAAGGCACAGGGGAACGUUUUGAGUAUCCGCCUAACCACUGACUUCAACGCUUCAUUUAUAGCGUCAGGAACCUAGUCAAGGAAUGUGACUCAAACAAUUGCCUCCCAUUUAAAAUGAACACCCGAGUGCCUUACCCCACGCCAGAAGUUAAAUGAUACCUUUACCCUCCUGUGAAAUGCUUCCCUCGCUGCGUACUGGAAGGUGUCCAUUGAAGUGCUGCUGCUGCUGCAAAAAUAAAAUGCCCUGGGGUAUUAAAGCCACUGAUAUCCAAGCAGCACUAGCGUCAGCGGGUGUAGUUGACAGCACCUUACCACUGCUUUCCAGCCCAGCUCACGGGAACUCAUUCUGGUGAAGUAAAGCAGAGACGUGGUAUCAAAACUGCAGGUGGGGAAAAGGCAGGGCUGCAGGUUCCCUUCCUGUCCCUUGGAGGUAAGCAAGUGGCUGCUGGCAAAGCCAGUAGC